AUGGCGCCACUGUCUUCCUCAAAGAGAACCACAAUCCCGCGAACCCCUCGACCUCAAUCAAAAAGCCUGAGAGCUAGCCAGAAUGCAGAUCAAGCCACCAACAGUGAACCUCCCCCAAAGAAACGGAGAUAUGUUCCCGGGGGACCAGGUGGUGGAGGAAGAUAUGUAGAUGUUGAUGGGAACGAAACACCUGCGGGAUUAGUAAAGGAAACCACUGCUUCGCACUAUACGACUCCUCGAGUUCGACCUGUUCGCGAACCUUCCCGCAAUAACGUGCGGCGAACACAGCCCGCCACCUCUCCCGUUUCUACUCGACCCAGGCGCGAAAAGAACCAAACGAGAAGGUACAGUUCUGCUGCGGCCGCUGCCCUUGCUGUUGCACAAGGCGACGGUUACAAACCUAGAGAAGAGAGGGGUUGGGAGGAAUUCCAUCCAGACCUUGACAUCGACAUCAAAAUCGCUGUUUUCAGCUCUGAUGAAGUCGACGGAAUCAAGCCUAACUCUACGCUCCCAAAUGGAAACUCAAGCAGAGGGACUGACGAAAGCGGAGACAGCGCUGUCGAAUUAUCAACAAAUGGCUCUACUCCCGCAAAACGACGGCCAGGGCGUCCACGGCUAAGUGAGACCUUGACGAAUGGAAUUGGGACGCCUAGCGGACCGAAAAUUGUGCCCCCUCCCGGACCUAAUCCCCGUGAAAAACUUACCUUGCCGAAACCGUCGUUUGUCCUUAAGGAUCCAUUUCUUCCAUUCGAGCAGAAAGGCGUGGGACAACAAAAUUAUGUUGACCGCACCAUGGCGAGCGUUGGUUACCAAGAAAGUGAUAUUUUCCUUCGUCAUGAACGGCGGUUAAUUCGUAUGGCUGAAGGUGCCGCUGAGGAAGACCUGGAUUUAAAUCCGCCGACGCCCGUCGACGGUGACGCCAACGCUGCCAUUGGAAAUAUUGGAGUUGGUAGAGUGGAAUAUGAUAUGGAUGAACAGGACGCCAAGUGGCUAGAGACAUAUAAUGCGCAGAGGAGGGAGGGACAGUUUGAGCCCAUCAAACCUGCUAUUUUCGAGAUUACCAUGACAAAAAUUGAAAAGGAAUGGUAUGCCUUGGAGAAGCGUAUACCCAAACCAAACCCCAAACCGCCACAAACACAACGACCCCGCUCUAGCUCUGCUGCGGCUGUUAACGGCGAGCAUACUGGUCCUGGCGAGGAACAGGAUAGCAAAUGCGCAAUUUGUGAUGACGGUGAUUGUGAGAAUGCGAAUGCAAUAGUAUUCUGUGAUGGAUGCGAUCUCGCGGUUCACCAAGAAUGUUAUGGCGUGCCGUACAUCCCUGAAGGCCAAUGGUUGUGUAGAAAGUGUCAGCUGAUCGGACGUGGAUCUCCGUCGUGCAUCUUCUGCCCCAACACCGAAGGAGCUUUCAAGCAAACGAACACCUCGAAGUGGUCACAUCUGCUUUGUGCAGUGUGGAUACCCGAAGUCUCAAUUGGCAACCCAUCGUUGAUGGAGCCGGUAAAUGAGGUUGAAAAGGUUCCCAGGAAUCGUUGGAAGCUUAUAUGCUAUAUCUGCCGUCAGAAAAUGGGAGCAUGCAUCCAAUGCAGCAACAAAAAUUGUUUUGUUGCAUUUCAUGUCACUUGCGCGAGGCGGGCUCACCUUUAUCUAAAGAUGAAACUAAUACCAGGAGCUCCUGCAGUCAUGGAAUCGAACAGCCUGAAAGCAUUUUGUGACAAGCAUGUCCCACCAGACUGGAGAAGAGAACAUAAUACCGAUGCGGCAACUGCAGAGGCCUUGGAUUAUUAUCGCAACACGAUGCAAGGCCGAAGGUGGGGUGAUAGUCAGGCUGCUGCUUUGGCUUUGGGCACGGAUUCUCAAGAUGACCCUGCUGAAGAGGACACUCGAGCGAUUACACCUAGGAUUACGCUUACAGUAGGCGGGAACAAACGCAAGCGCACAGCUCCAAAAACCAUUUGGAAGUUACCCUCUGGAGCACCGGUUAUUCCUCAAGUUGUAUUGAAUAGUGUUAUCGCGUCUUUACAGCGGUUUACCGUCCGACAAAGGAAGCAGUAUGCUGAGGACGCUUGCAAGUAUUGGACGCUAAAACGAGAAUCUCGUCGGGGUGCAGCGUUGCUGAAACGGUUGCAGCUGCAACUUGAAACCUUCUCAUCAGCGGAAAUUACACGACGGAAUUUUGCGGCAAUGGGAGUGGUCGGAGCCGUUAGACUUGAGAGAAGGAUAGCAUUCGCAGAUAGGCUUUACUUGGAUCUUGACAGAGUUAGAAUGCUGUGCGAUGAAGUGAAGAAGCGAGAGCGAGAAAAGCUGAAAGACGCGGAGAUACUACGAAGCAUAGUUGAUCUGGUUUAUUUCCCCAUUCCUCCAAUGCUAUGGCCAUUACUUGAAAAAUCUAUUGCACUCGAUGGGAAAGCGGUUUUCCGCUCCGGGCUGCUAUCUAUCCGCUCAAAACUGGAGCAACGCGUGUAUACUUCAGUUUCAUCAUUUUCUCGUGAUCUUGCCAAUGUCUUUACCUCUGAAAUAGGGGUUGAAUCUGUGGGUGAUACAGCUGAGUUACAGUUGCAGAUUAUGGGACGAGCGCCAGAACUUAGCUUGGAGCAAAGGGAAAAGAGAAAACUUGCGAAGCGGAUCAUCAAGGCGAUACAGCCAGCUUUAGAAGAUUCGCUGAGAAAGGAAAGCGAGUUGAGCGGAAAGCCUUUUGAAAAGGAACUGAAAGAUUUGGAUGACUUGUUGGAAAAUAGUGUUCUCUCACGGAGGGCUUCCAUGGCUGCCACGCCCAGGGAGACGGCAAAUGACGUCGACAUUACAAAACGAUAUCAACUAGUGAAUGGAAAAAAGACUGAUCCGGAAGAUGAUUGGAUACCGGCACCAGAAACCGCGACAGAAUCUCGGCCUGCUGAACAGGUUGAAAAUGGAGAUCCAGAUGUUACUAUAGUCGAUGUGAAUGGGGAAACAGCUAGUGGCCAUGAGGCAAAGGGAGUUCCGGUUUCAAAAAUGAAUGGGCUUGCUAUAUCAAUUCCUACAGAGAUCUCUCCCGUAUCUCAGCCUACGGAUGGCAGAAUCAAUAAUGAAGCGGCUGGUUCAUCCCGUGAUGGACGAAUGGCUUCUCCGACCUCCCCGGUCUCCCCGGCUGAUUCUCUGGGUAGCAAAGACCCACUUCCUUUAUCUUUAGGUGGUAUACAGUGGUAUAUGCAGCCGUUCGAUCCUAUCGGGACUACCGUUCAUGAGGAGAGAUGGACCGGCCGAGAAGUACUCAGAGGAAUGAGUGAAGAGCUAAGUGAAAUCGGCGAAGACGAGCUACGGGAUCUCGUCGGGGACGAGCCUCCAGAUUACGCUCCAGAUUUAUUAAGCGGGGUCCCUGGAACUAAUCGUGAUGUUGACAUCCCUGCGGAUGCCGCUGUCGCUGACGCUUUGAAACCAAAAACGCACAAGACGCGAAGGAGAUGGAAAGGUUUUAGAAGAAGAUAA